GAAUGUCAUUCCAGGCACUCCUUUUGUUACCCCGGAAACCCUCGGCCCCACGAGGACAAGCGUGAUUCAUGCAGGGAACGCGUUGGGAGGAAUGAAAACGGAAAUCCCGGAUUCCGGGUUUGCCAAACAGGUCUGCGAAACGGGCCACUGGUUGCAUGACACUCUCCGGGCCUCCAUUCUGUGGACCACCAUGGCAGGCUGGUCAUUGCUCCUCCUUGCUCUCCUGUCCUGUUCUCGCACAGGUGGUAAUUGCGCACCGCUUGGCGCAAUCAUCAAUCAUCUGAUGGGCAUGCACAAAACGUUGCGGUCCAUGCUCGCACUAGUGGUGUCCCUGGGCACAGUCUUCAUGCUCGCCAGUUUCUUUGACACUUUGCUGGCCAUCAGUUGCAUCGUGGUUGGCGUUUUCUACGCCACGGCAGCUGCCCCGGUGACUUGUACAAGAGUUCCAGAGAGAACGAUUCAGAGGAGGAAAAGUAAAAUAGACUCGUUGUCCGCGGCGGAGGAAGAAGAAGAAGAAGAAGAAAGGUGCCCCGAGGGCAAGUCGAAAGUCUUGCGAGACGAACCUGGGACGCGGGGCGAGAAAGUUUCUGAUGCUCGUGGAUGUGAAAGGAAGUCUGUUAUACGCGUUAAUGAUCCUUUGGCGUGUCUCGGCAUCACGUUUUCUUCUAAUCACUCUAUAACUAUGGCAACCGGAAGCUUGACGACUAACUGA